UUUCCACAGGACAAUUUCGGAUUCGACCUCCAGGCGGUCGAGGCAGCUACCAAAAAGCACGAAGCCAUCGAGACUGACAUCGCGGCGUACGAGGAGCGCGUGCUGGCGGUGGUGGCCGUGGCCAGAGAGCUGGAGACAGAGAACUACCACGACAUCAAGCGCAUCGCCGCGCGCAAAGACAACGUGCUGCGUCUGUGGGAGUAUCUGCUGGAGCUGCUCAAAGCGCGCAGACAGCGGCUGGAGAUGAACCUCGGCCUGCAGCGCGUCUUCCAGGAGAUGCUCUACAUCAUGGACUGGAUGGACGAGAUGAAGGUGAGCGAGGAAGACGAGGAUGGAGGAAGGAGAGGGAGCUGGUCGGGAAACAAACCCUGUGACCCUCAGGUCAUCCGUGACCGCGUGGCCCACAUGGAGUUCUGCUAUCAGGAGCUGACCCAGCUGGCAGUGGAGCGUCGCGCCCGUCUGGAAGAGUCCCGCCGCCUGUGGAAGUUCUUCUGGGAGAUGGCGGAGGAGGAGGGCUGGAUUCGCGAGAAAGAGCAGAUCCUGUCCUCGGACGACUGCGGCAAGGAUCUGACGGGCGCCGUGCGUCUGCUGAGUCAACACCGCGCUCUCGAGGACGAAAUGAGCGGCCGCGCCGGUCACCUCCAGCACACGGUGCGCGAAGGUCAAGCCAUGGCUGACGCUGGGCACUUUGGCGAAGAUAAGAUUCGCGAACGCAUCGCCGACGUCCAGGCCCAAUGGGCCGCUCUGGAACAGCUCGCUGCGGUGAGGAAAAAACGCCUGGAAGAGGCUUGCAGCCUUCACCAGUUCCAGGCCGAUGCGGAUGACGUCGACACCUGGACUUUAGACGCGCUCCGAAUCGUCUCCACCGCUGACGUGGGCCACGAUGAAUUCUCCACUCAAGCUUUGGUCAAGAAACACAAAGACGCCUCGGCCGAGGUCGCUAGUUAUCGCUCGGUGAUUGACGCUCUUCACGAACAGGCCCAGUCCCUGCCUCCAGAACAGGUGCAGGCUGCCAACGUCAACGAGCGGCUGGCGGGCAUCGAGGAGCGCUAUAAGGAGGUCUCCGAGCUCAGCAGGCUGAGGAAACAGGCCCUGCAGGACGCCCUGGCGCUCUAUAAGAUGUUCAGCGAGGCGGACGCGUGUGAGCACUGGAUCGACGAGAAGGAGCUGUGGCUCAACAGCAUGGAGAUCCCAGAGAAACUGGAGGACCUGGAGGUCAUUCAGCACAGGUUUGAGAGUCUGGAGCCUGAAAUGAAUAACCAGGCGUCACGCGUGGCCGUUGUCAAUCAGAUCGCCAGGCAGCUCAUUCACAGCGGACACCCGAGUGAGAAAGACAUCAAAGCCCAACAAGACAAACUCAACACCAGGUGGAGUCAGUUCCGCGACCUGGUGGACCAGAAGAAAGAGUCCCUCAACUCGGCUUUGGGCGUGCAGAACUACCACCUGGACUGUAACGAGACCAAAUCCUGGAUCCGCGAGAAGACCAAAGUCAUCGAGUCCACCCAGGAGCUGGGCAACGACCUGACGGGCGUAAUGGCCCUCCAGCGCAAGCUCACCGGCAUGGAGCGCGAUCUGGCCGCCAUCGAAGCCAAACUGGGCGACCUCCGCGGCGAGGCGGAGCGCUUGGCCGGCGAACACCCCGACCAGGCCAAAGCCAUCACGGGACGGCUGGCCGAGAUCACCGCCGUAUGGGAGGAGAUGAAAGAAACCCUACGAAACCGAGAGGCGUCUCUCGGGGAAGCCAGCAAGCUGCAGCAGUUCCUCCGAGAGCUGGACGAUUUCCAGUCCUGGCUUUCCCGCACGCAGACGGCCAUCGCGUCCGAGGACAUGCCCAACACGCUAGCCGAGGCCGAGAAGCUUCUGGCCCAACACGAAGGCAUCAAGAACGAGAUUAACAACUACGAAGAGGACUACCAGAAGAUGAGGGACAUGGGCGAGAUGGUGACGCAGGGGCAAACGGACGCUCAGUACAUGUUCCUGAGACAGAGGCUCCAGGCUCUGGAUACCGGAUGGAACGAGCUUCAUAAGAUGUGGGAGAACCGGCAGAACCUUCUGUCGCAGUCUCACGCCUAUCAGAUCUUCCUCAGAGACACCAAACAAGCCGAGGCCUUCCUCAACAACCAGGAGUAUGUUCUGGCUCAUACCGAGAUGCCCACCACCCUUGAAGGAGCAGAAGCUGCCAUUAAGAAACAGGAGGACUUCAUGACCACCAUGGACGCCAAUGAGGACAAGAUCAACGGAGUGGUGGAGGCCGGAAGGAGACUGGCCAGUGACGGAAACAUCAAUGCUGACCGCAUCCAGGAGAAAGCAGCCUCCAUCGAUGACCGGCAUAAGAAGAACCGUGAGGCGGCCGUGGAGCUGCUCAUGAGGCUGAAGGACAACAGAGACCUGCAGAAGUUCUUGCAGGACUGCCAGGAGCUGUCCCUGUGGAUCAAUGAGAAGAUGCUGACAGCACAGGACAUGUCCUACGAUGAGGCUCGCAACCUGCACAGCAAAUGGCUCAAACACCAGGCCUUCAUGGCCGAACUACAGUCCAACAAAGAAUGGCUGGACAAAAUCGAGAAGGAAGGGAAGCAGCUGGUCUCGGAGAAGCCGGAGACAGAAGCCGUAGUGAAGGAGAAGCUGGCGGCGCUGCAGAAGAUGUGGACCAAGCUGGAAACCACGACGCAGACUAAAGCCCAGUGUCUGUUUGACGCCAACAAAGCCGAGCUCUUCACGCAGAGCUGCGCCGAUCUGGACAAGUGGCUGGUGGGUCUGGAGGGUCAGAUCCAAUCGGACGACUACGGCAAAGAUCUGACCAGCGUCAGCAUCCUGAUGAAGAAACAACAGAUGCUGGAGAACCAGGUGGAGGUGCGUCAGAGGGAGGUAGAGGAGCUCCAGUCUCAAGCUCAUGUGUUGAGGCAGGAGGGAAAGGACACGGAUGAGGUGGAUGGACGCCGGAAGGAGGUGGAGCUGAAGUUUAAGGAGCUGCUGGAGCCGUUGCAGAAACGGAAAGACUUCCUCAUGGCCUCUCGUGAGAUUCAUCAGUUUAACCGUGACAUGGAGGAUGAGAUUCUCUGGGUUGAGGAGCGGAUGCCUCUCGCUACGUCGACAGACCAUGGCCACAAUUUACAGACUGUUCAGCUGCUUAUCAAGAAGAACCAGACAUUACAGAAAGAGAUCCAGGGCCAUCAGCCGCGCUGUGACGACAUAUUCGAGCGCAGCCAGAGCAUCCUGAAGGCCGACAGUCCCAAUGUAGAGGCCAUCCAAGUCCGUCUGUCCGACCUGCAGCAGCUCUGGAGCCUGAUCAUCCAGGAGACGGAGAAGCGGCACGCCAGACUCGAGGAGGCCCAUAAGGCCCAGCAGUACUACUUUGACGCAGCUGAAGCCGAAGCCUGGAUGAGCGAGCAGGAGCUCUACAUGAUGUCUGAAGAGAAGGCCAAGGAUGAGCAGAGUUCAGUGGCCAUGCUGAAGAAGCACCAGAUCCUGGAGCAGGCGGUGGAGGACUAUGCUGAAACCGUGCACCAGCUGUCCAAGACCAGCCGAGGCCUGGUGGCCGCCAACCACCCCGAGAGUGAGAGGAUCGGCAUGCGUCAGUCACAGGUGGAUAAGCUGUACGCCGGACUGAAGGACCUAUCAGAGGAGAGGAGAGGCAAACUGGAGGAGCGCUUCCGCCUCUUCCAGCUCAACCGGGAGGUGGACGAUCUGGAGCAGUGGAUCGCCGAGAGAGAGGUGGUGGCUGGAUCUCACGAGCUCGGACAAGACUACGAACACGUCACUCGUGAAUUCGCUCGUGACACAGGAAACAUCGGUCAGGAGCGUGUGGACGGCGUGAACCGUAUGGCUGACGAACUCAUAAACGCAGGGCACACUGACGCGGCGACUGUUGCCGAGUGGAAGGACGGUCUGAACGAGGCCUGGGCCGAUCUGCUGGAGCUCAUCGACACACGCACGCAGAUUCUUGCCGCAUCCUACGAGCUGCACAAGUUCUACCACGACGCCAAGGAGAUUCUGGGACGCAUCCUGGACAAGCACAAGAAGCUUCCAGAAGAGCUGGGCCGAGACCAGAACACGGUGGAAACCUUGCAGAGGAUGCACACCACGUUUGAACAUGACAUUCAAGCUCUCGGGACGCAGGUCAGGCAGCUGCAGGAGGACGCUGUGCGCCUGCAGUCAGCGUAUGCUGGAGACAAAGCGGACGACAUCCAGCGGCGUGAGGGCGAGGUGCUGGAGGCCUGGAGGAGUCUGCUGGAGGCCUGCGAGGGCCGGCGGACGCGACUGCUGGACACCGGAGACAAGUUCCGCUUCUUCAGUAUGGUGCGCGACCUCAUGCUCUGGAUGGAGGACGUCAUCCGCCUCAUCGAGACGCAGGAGAAGCCCAGGGAUGUGUCGUCUGUGGAGCUUCUCAUGAACAACCACCAGGGAAUCAAGGCUGAAAUCGAUGCCCGUAACGACAGUUUCACGGCCUGCAUCGAGCUGGGCAAAUCUCUCCUGGCACGGAAACACUAUGCAUCAGAGGAGAUCAAAGAGAAGUUGUUGCAGUUGACGGACAAGAGGAAAGAUAUGAUUGACAAGUGGGAGGACAGAUGGGAGUGGCUUAGACUGAGUGAGUAUGAUGGGAAACUCAUGGCGGUGUGUUGGCAGGAUGGGGUGGAGGGCGAGAUGAACGGAGUGCCUGAGAGGAGCUCGAAGGAGCCGAGUCCCAUCCCGUCUCCGAGCGCAGACAGAUGGGGCAGAGGCAGUCAGUCGGCCACACUGCCGGCGAAGGGUCAGGAGACGGCGUCUGCGCAGCUGGAGGGACUCCUGCACCGCAAACACGAGUGGGAGGGACACAACAAGAAAGCCUCCAGCAGAUCCUGGCAUAACGUGUACUGUGCCAUCAACAACCACGAGAUGGGCUUCUACAAAGACAACAAGAGCGCGGCGCAGGGCGUCCCGUACCACAGCGAGAUCCCCGUCAGCCUGAAGGACGCCGUCUGCGAGGUGGCCGUCGACUACAAGAAGAAGAAGCACGUCUUCAAGCUCAGAGUUACUGAUGGAAACGAGUAUCUCUUCCAAGCCAAAGAUGAUGAGGAGAUGAACACAUGGAUCCAGGCCAUUCAGAACGCCGGCAGCGGCUCCUCGUCCUCCGAGAAAACAGAGAUCACGCCUAGCAACCAGAGCACGCCGGCCUCCAGCCACGCUCACACGCUCCCGGCAACUGUCACCCUGACGACCGAAUCCAGCCCCGGCAAGCGCGAGAAAGACAAGGAGAAACGCUUCAGUCUCUUCAGCAAGAAGAAGCAGUAGGCGUCCGAAACGAUCGCUCGAUCGGCUCAUUCCCUCGAUUCUUUUACGACUUUCCGUUUGUGUCCGCCCACCUCCUCCAGUGAUAUCCCAGCAUGCAAAGCUCAUAAAGACGCCACACUCUGUGCCUGAAAGCCCGCCAAUUGGGUCCAAAGUUGUACAAAACGCAAGAGUGUGUCGCGAUUCGGGAACGCCGGCGAUCGGAACGUUUUUUUUUACGCUCUUACGUUUCUAUGGUGGUUGAUUUUGAAUUCCGACUGUUGCUAUCGCUCGUUUUUUGUAACUGUGUGCCAUUGAGGUGUCUGGAUAUUUAAAACAUUUCCUCAAUUUUUAUGAGGCUGUCUCGGAGAUCCGCCGAGUCUCUCUUCGUUGACAGUGAUGCUUCGAAACGAUUCCAUUGAACCAAUACAAUUCCACGUUAACGUCAGAUUCGCCGUUUAACGACUAUAAGCUGAUCAACUAAUAUUAACAUUGGCUUGAAGGCAUGGUAGACUUGUGUCAUGCGAUCAAGGUGGGUCGUACCAAACGCUUUCACGAGCUGUAAGAACGUUUGCUAUAUACAGAGAACUAGUAACCCGAAUCAUUUGACGUCAUGCUUUUUUUUCUUUUUUUCGUUCGUUUAAUUGUCAUUUCUCUUGGGUUUUAUCAUAAUAUAUGUUUCAGAUAAUUCUAGUACAAAAGAGUAUAAAAAUUAGAUGUAUUAUAAACACUUUAAAGCAUCAAUGUUAAGUGAACAGUGCAACAUUUACUGGUAAAAAGGUAAUGUUACUCCAGCUAAAAAAGUACAAAAAGAACAAAAAAAAAGAAAAUAUAUGAAUACGGUUACUUGCUUGUGGGCUAUAGCACUGAGCAUUCUCUUUUUUCUCUUUGUUUUCUCGUUUGGGCUUCAUCCCGCUCUCCUGCUCUUUGAUACAUAGUGCGCAUCCCCUCCGUCACUGUAUCUAUUGUAAUGAGAUUUUCAUCUACUGCACAAUCAAAAGCAUCAUAAUAGGAAUGAAAUCCUGGCGAUGUCGGGCGUCCUGAGCGCUAUAGAUCCUCCGGCCGACGCUCAGAUGUAUGAAACUGCACCUGUAGACUUUAACCUCCCUGCCCUGUUAAAUAUGUGCGAUGUCAUUAAAUGCUUUUAAACAUUA